CCCAAGACUUCAGCCAGUCGCAACCCAGGGAUGAGGACAGACAGACAGCUGCGUCAAAUCAGUAUCCAGAUGAUGAAUCUCGGCUGGGUCCUUGAUGAAUCUACGAUGAUCUCGCUAGCCCUCCUCCUGAUUCUUCCAACCGCCCAUGCUCAGCUAGAUCCAUUGAAUCUGAACAGCAGUGGCCUUGAGUUCCUGGUGGCUUUCCCAGAAAACAUCGCUCACUACCAUCCCAUUACAUCUCUUAAGGCUAUUGAAAUCUUUUCCUUGGAAGAUGAGACUGUGGUCGAAUAUAAAUCAGAUGGAAUACCCAUGGAAAAUGAUGAAAUUAGUCGAGCAAAUACAAUAACUGUGUACAUAUCUGGUGUGGAGCUGCGGAGAAACCCAACCUCCAACAAAACCAUCCAAAUCAAAAGCAACAAGCCCAUCAUCGUCCGAAUCAUCAACAGCAAAGACCAAAGCAUCCAGACCUCUCUGGUAAAAGCGACUGACAAGUUGGGCAAAGUGUACAAGAUCCCACCAACACCCAGCACGAUAACAGAGAUCCUGGCGGAUCCUACAUCAGAGAUACCAGAGAGAUCCCCAUUCACGGUCAUCGUCAUGAACACUGGUGCAGCAAACGAUGUCCAGUGGAAAGGCGAUGGUGAUCAGACGGUUUCUCUCGCACCGUUUGAACUGGCUCAGUUCUGGAUGUCAAACGUGGCUGCGGAGUACGAGGUGGAUGCAACUGAGCCCGUGUCUGUUCUCUUUGGUCAUCCGUGCUUCACCAUCUUCAACUGCACCUGUGGGAUGAUGGUAACUCCUCUGGACCCAGAGAGUGCCACCGAGUUCAACUACUUCAUCCCACCUGAUUUCAUGACCGGUAGCGAAAAGCAAGCGGUUCUGCUCAUAGCGGGAAACCCUAGCCCUCUUCCCUACGAUCCGGACCACCCCACGGUGCAGUCCUUCGGCUCAGUGCUCUUCCACAUACCCGGCUUGCUGCUCAGCAUCUUGCCAGAAGAGGAAUUCGCCGCCUGUUUCCAGAUCCAUGGAAACCCCGACCUUGGGUCCAUUCCAAGAUUUGCUGUUGUCAUCGUCCACGGGGAUCACAAAGAUUUGGUUCAUCACGGGCCUAUUCCCCUCAUUGCUCCAGUUUGGAGCCCCAUCCUGACCACCCAAUAUGUCUCUACUCGCGUCCCACUGGACAGUUAUCAAGAUGUAUUCUGGCACCCCGAGUCCAUGAUGGCCGUCUAUGAAUUGGGAACCAACGAGACCACGCUGCUUGGAAACCCUGCCCCCAUCAUCAGCAAGUCCACAAGCCUGAAGGGCUGCGUCCUGGAUCCAGAGCUGGUUAACAUAGGAGUUAAAGAGAUGGGCUGGGUGGAGUCCAUCAAGUUCUGCCGGGGUCUGGGCCUAGAGCUGGCCGCCAUGGACGGUGUCGAGCUACGCUUCCUCGCCCCUAAACUCCACGCCAUGAACAAGACGCUGGAGCAGGUGUGGAUCGGCUACCGCCGGAGUUCUCUGACGGGCGACUGGUACCGGCUGAACAAGGAGGAGGUGUUGGUCACCCACUGGGGGAAGGGGGAGCCCGGGGGAGAAGAGGAGGGCCAGUGUGCCAUGAUGAGCCUGGACCCCAACAAAGACUUUGGCUGGAGCGACGAGAGCUGCUGUACUUCUGCUGUGCCGCUGUGUUAUAAUCCCCCCAACCUCCUAAUUGAACUCCAAUAAUUCUUGAAAAGCGGCUAACAGAACACGCCCCUUACUGUGCUCCAUUCUAACCUAAUGGGUGCCCUUUAAAGGAGAACUAAACCCCCUGACCGUUUGUUUCCAUUCUGGGCCAGCAGGCGCCCCUAUUAAAACCCCUUCUGUUUAGGUGUGACACAGGUGACUGGAAGUUGACAAUAACAGCCAAUCACCGGAUAGCAUGCAACGGCAUGUGUUUAACAUUGUGGGGGAGUCGCCCAAGGCAAACCAGCCUACACGUGGUGCUGGGGUUUUGUUCUCCUUUAAUGGCCGAUUAGUUUAGACCGCACACCCAUGGAUGCUACAGCCUUUCUGAACCUUACACCACCCCCCUACAGAACUAGGCCACACCCCUCAAAGUCACAGCAAGACUAAGCCCAUCCCUUUGACUUUAGCCCCGCUCAGACAGCUGGACAGGACAGUUUACCUUGUUGCGUUGCUUAGAUUGUAACUUGUAGAGAGUAGGUUGAUGCUGGAAUACUAAUAUGAUUUUAACUCUUAUGACUGAAACGAUCCAUCACAUGCAUAAGCAGAAUAAUGUGCAUGCAAACAUAGACACACAUUUGAUUAACCUAGAUAUAUAGAUUUAUAUAUAUAUGUAUUUGUUGAGUGUGCUUGUAGCUAUGUAAUGAUGACGUUAUUGGCAAUUCUAAUAAAGCAACUAAUAAAGUAUCA